GGGCCACGGCGUGCCACUGCCGGCACACCAGCCCCGCCGCCAGCACGUCUACGUGGUCCAGCUCCUGAACAAGGGCCCUCAGUGAGCAGCAGCUUUGGGCAUGCCAAGGGGAGUUCGCAGGGAAGUGGUUCCUCGUUGGUGUGGCCUCCCGCUGCAGCCACCUGGCAGAGCACAGCCACCAUCUGGAGGCGACGGCAGUGGUGAUGACUGUUGAAGGGCAGAGUCUGGCCAUCAGCACCUUCAGGAAGCUGGACGGGAUAUGCUGGGAAAUCAAGCAACACUACCUCCCUUCCAAGGCCCAUGGACGUUUCCUCUUAAAGGGCCGUGGCUUCAGCAGCAAGGUGGAUGUGGUGGUGGGGGAGACGGACUACAGCAGUUAUGCCAUCGUCUAUUACCAGAAGGGCCAGAGCAUCUCUGUCAAGCUCUACGGACGGGCCAGCCAGGUCAGUGAUGCUGUUGUGGACAAAUUCGAGCAGCAUGUCAGGGCUGUGGGCCUGAAUGAAGAUGUGACCUACUACUUCCCCAUAUACGGGUUUUGCGACUCUGUGGAUGAGUUCCACAUCCUUGACGAAACGAAGGUGUAGAUACAGAUGGCGUUGCCGGGAGGUCUCCAGAACUCAGCCCUGAUCCCAUCUGACUGCCUGCAGAUACAGAGCCAUGCAAGAGCCAAGGCUGGCCAGGCUUUGGUCAGAUACCUCUGCCUGCUCCACAGGACUUCCCAGGUCCUCCAGCUGUGCUGACACCUUGCCAUGUCUCCCUGCAGCUUUGUGUCACCCCUCUGCUCUCUGCUCUGCUGCUCCUGCAGCUGCCAAUGAUAUCCCAAUA